GCAUGCAGAAGAGAUGGCUAGCGACUUGGAUGAUGGAAGAAGACUGGAUUUGGUGGAGACGGUCCUUAACUGGUCAGUGGAAGAUAUAUUCAAUGAAGAUCUUCUGAAGGACAAGGUCAAGGAGAUUCCUUUCGAAUUUUCAUCAGUUGAAGAUCACCUGGGAUCUUUUAUAUUUCCUCUGGUUGACGACACUCGAGCUGAACUGUGUUCAAGCUUGGAGAGAAUUAAAGAUCUUCCUUCAGCGGGGAUAGUUAUGAAGAAAUCCAAGCGACAGUCUUGCGGUUAUGAUGUUCGAAUUCGCUUUUGGGAGACUGAGUAUAUUGUCGAUUAUGAUAAAUCCGAUGCAGUACAUGUGGGUGACCUUGUAAUUAUAUCAACUCUACGACCUAAUCAAGUCUCUGACUUGGGUAGGUAUGGAGCCGCUUAUUUUCUUGCCUUAGUAACUGACGUUCCAGAAGACAUGGAAUUCAGAAGAAUGCUGUCAAUAAAGGCAUCGAAAUGCAUGAAGUUAACCGGUGGCGAGGAGAAAUUUACAUCUUUGAAAAUUUUGAUGAAUUUAACGACAAUCAAAAGGAUUCAUACUGCACUGAAGAUGCAAUAUGCUAAUGUAAAUUUGAAGAUCAUCAGAAACGUCCUCCGUGUUAAGUCCUGGGAACGGGAAGCUUGUAUGAUCUGUGCAUCUGAGCAGUGUGAGGACUCUUUCAGAGAAUCUCUAGUUUCAUCUCUGAGCCAGUAUAAUUUAAAUGAUUCGCAAGUUAGCGCUAUAUCUUCUGCCAUUUCAACGAUCAAAUGCACGCAUUCACAUGCAGUGAAACUCAUCCAGGGGCCUCCUGGAACAGGGAAGACAAAUACUGUCUCUAAACUUUUGUGGACACUAUUACAACAGAACUUUACCAUCCUUACUUGUGCAUCAACCAAUGUUGCAAUUAAGGAGGUUGCAUCACGUGUCCUUAAGUUAGUUAGAGACUCAAAUUGGGGCUCCAGAGAUUACAUGCAUGGUUGUUUCUUAGGAGAUAUAUUGUUGGUUGGCAACAAAGAAAGACUGAGCCUUGAUGUUGAUGAUGAUCUGAAUGAAAUAUUUCUCGACCAUCGAGUUGCUAGGCUUAGUGAAUGCCUUGAUCUACGCACUGGAUGGGAGCAUAAGCUAGCAUCAAUGAUCAAAUUUCUUGACACGUGUGCCUUUGAGUACAAUAGGUGCACAGCUGAUAUGGACAGUAAAGCUGCAGUAUGCUUUGUGGAUUUUUUGAGACCACGCUUCGACUCUAUUGCAGUAACCCUUGAAGAUUAUGCUGUCAUUAUAUCGACACAUCUGCCCAGAGAGUUUAUAUCGGACCUUGAGAUAGAAUAUAUUGACUUGCUUCUCAAGUUGCUCUCUCAUUUGAGAAAACUUAUGUCUAGCAUGGACAGCAGAAGUAUAGAACUGGAAAGAAUAUUUUCAAGUCCUAUGAACACUGACAUUCCCGAAAUUUCAUCCACGAAAAACAGUCUGAAUGAUGUUUUUUCUGAAGGUGCUACCUGUAGGUCAUUACAAGUGGUUAGAAUUGCUUGCCUUGAUACUCUUCAGUAUCUUAAGAGAUCUUUCAAACGAUCCUCAAUUGGGAGAAAGGAUUUGUUGCGCUGUGCUUCUCUGGUUUUCUGCACCACCUCCAGUGCUGCUUUCUUACAUAGUUUUGAGAUCAACCAUUUGUCAGUAUUGGUCAUUGACGAAGCUGCCCAAAUAAAAGAAUGUGAGUCAGCCAUUCCUUUGCAACUUGAUGGAUUGAGACAUGCUGUCUUGAUUGGGGAUGAACGACAACUGUGCGCAACUGUCAAAAGCAAGAUUUCUGAAGAAUGUGGUUUCGGCCGAAGUCUUUUUGAGCGGCUGGUUUUAUUAGGCCACUCUAAGGAUCUGCUCAAUGUGCAGUAUAGGAUGCAUCCAUCUAUAAGUAUUUUCCCAAAUUCAGCAUUUUAUGGCAAGAAAAUAUUGGAUGGUCCAAAUGUGCGUUGUGCUGAAUAUACAAAGUUUUACCUUCCUGAACGUAUGUACAGCACAUACUCUUUUAUAAAUGUUUCUGAGGGAAAGGAGAUUAAAGAUGAGACAGGUAGUUGGAAGAAUAUUGUAGAAGUUGCUGUUAUAAGCCAAAUUGUAAGAAGGCUUUUUGAAGCUUGGGUUGGCAAAAAGGACAGACUCAGCAUUGGCAUAGUUUCUCCAUAUACUGCACAAGUUCUUGCAAUCCAAGAGAAGCUUAUUGGGCUGUAUGACCUGCAUGCUGACUUCGUUUUGAGCGUCAAGUCUAUAGAUGGGUAUCAAGGAGGUGAAACUGACGUGAUAAUUCUUUCAACUGUGAGGUGCAAUGCUGGGGGUUCUAUAGGUUUUCUUUCAAAUCUUAAUCGAGCAAAUGUAGCAUUAACAAGGGCUAGGUACUGUUUAUGGGUUAUAGGAAACGAAUCAACUUUGAUUUCCAGUGGUUCUGUCUGGAAGCAUCUGGUCCUUGAUGCAAAGCAACGUGGUUUUUUCUUCAAUGCUGGAGAGUGCAAAUUCUUGGCUCAAGUUAUAAUUGAGACUAAACAAGAACUUGAUCAACUUGAUGAUUUGCUUUCUGAAGAUUCAGUUCUUUUUAUGCAUUCAAGAUGGAAGGUUGUUUUCAGCAAUGAAUUCAAGAAGUCUUUCAUGAAAUUAGCAUCUCUUCAUACAAAAAAGUUCAUCAUUAGUUUCUUAUUGAAACUUGCCGGUGGUUGGCGACCAAAAAUGUGGAUGAGAACUGAGGAAAGUGCUUCUCAGCUUGUGAACCAUCAUAAGAUUGAAGGACUUCAACUUGUAUGGACGGUUGAUGUCAUUAAGGAUUCUGUCCUUGUCCAGAUAUUGAAGGUUUGGGAUAUCCUGCCACCAGCUGGUGUCCCUAAACUUGUUAAGCGGCUUGAAAACAUUUUCUUGAUGUAUACUGACAUCUAUACAAAUUAUUGCAAGACAAGGCAUAUUCAAGGAAAGCUUGUAGUGCCAAUGACCUGGGAAUAUAGUGAGGGUUUUGUUCGUUAUAAGGCUGUUGGCGCAGUAGAGAAUUAUGCUUCAGAGGGACCUGAGGCUUCGGAUCUUCCAGUGUCUAUGGAGAAGUCAAAUGUACAUGAAAGUUUGCUUUUAAUGAAGUUUUACUCGCUGUCAUAUGGGGUUGUCAAGCAUCUGCUUACUUCAAAAGAUGGGAAUGAAAUUGAACUUCCCUUUGAAGUCACUGAUAGGGAACAGGAAAUAAUAUUGUUCCCAAACAGUACUUUUAUUCUAGGAAGGUCUGGUACAGGGAAGACGACUGCCCUUACAAUGAAGCUGAUCCAGAAUGAACAAAAUUAUCGUCUUGCUUCAAAAGGACUGUCCACCAACACUCUAAGUUUAAAAGAGCCAGUUACAAUAGAGAAUCCAUUAAGGCAGAUGUUUGUUACUGUCAGCCAAAGACUUUGUUCAGCAGUCAAAAAUCAUGUAGUUAAGCUGCAAAGAGUUGUCUUGGAGGGAGAAUGUUCUCAUGUUGAUGAUUCUGCCCAUCUGUAUGACAUCAAUGAUAGUCUUUCUGAGUUAAUGAAUAUUCCAGAUAGCUUUACAGACGUCCAUGAUGAACAAUUUCCUCUGGUUAUCACCUUCGAGAAGUUCUUGUUGAUGUUAGACGGCACAAUACCUCAAUCGUAUUUUGCUAGGUUCCGUGAUGUGACAGAUAUUUGGUUGCAUGAAGGUGGACAAUCAAAAUCUCUUGCAUUGCUGGCUUUUAUAAAAAGGAAAGAGGUUGUGUUUGAUCGCUUUCAUUCAUUUUACUGGCCCCACUUCGAUGCAAAAAAGACAAAAAAACUUGAUGCAUUAACAGUUUUUUCUCAGAUAAUUUCUCAUAUUAAGGGUGGUUACGAGUCUGGUGCAGAACUUGAUUGCACGCUUAGUCGCAGUCAGUAUCUUAUGCUUUCCCAAAAGCGUGUCUCCACUUUGAACUUGGAAGAAAGAGAAGUUAUAUAUGAUAUUUUUCUUGAUUAUGAGAAAAGGAAACUGGAAAGUGGUGAUUUUGACUUGUCUGAUCUAAUCAUCAAUCUUCAUUAUCGUUUGAAGAAUCAGCCAUAUAGAGGAAAGAAGCUGGACUUUGUUUUCGUUGAUGAGGUGCAAGACCUUACAAUGAGACAAAUUGCCCUUUUCAAGUAUGUUUGCAGCAAUGUCUGUCAUGGGUUUAUUUUUGCCGGUGAUACUGCACAAACAAUUGCGAAGGGAGUUGAUUUUCGGUUUCAAGAAAUUAGAUCCCUAUUUUAUAGGGAAUUUCUUUCAGAAUUUAGUACCUUCUCCAUGGAGAAAGUAAAGGAUAGAGACUUGAAGAUGUCUGACUUGUUCUUUCUCGACCAAAAUUUUCGAACGCAUGAUGGUGUCCUCAAAUUGGCACGGACUGUUAUUGAGCUCAUAUACAAUUUUUUCCCAAUGUCUGUUGAUAUUUUAAGCCCUGAAGUGAGUCUUAUUUGCGGGGAAGUUCCAAUCGUGCUAGAAUCAGGAAGCAAUGAAAACAUCAUGAUAAAAAUCUUUGGUGGUAACGGGAACUUCACUGCAAAAUUUGAAGGUUUUGGAGCAGAACAAGUGAUUUUGGUGCGUGAUGAUUGCAUGAAGAAACUCGUUGUUGAUCACGUUGGAAAUCAAGCACUUGUCUUGACGAUUGUUGAGUGCAAGGGUUUGGAGUUUCAGGAUGUUCUGUUGUACAACUUUUUUAGUACAUCACCGUUGAAGAAUCACUGGAGGGUGAUAUAUCAAUUUAUGGAAAAGAAAAACUUGCUCAAUGUCCACCAUCCCAGCGGUUUCCCAAGAUUUGAAGAGACAAAACACCUCAUCCUUUGCUCAGAACUAAAGCAACUAUAUGUUGCUAUAACUCGUACUCGUCAAAGACUUUGGUUUUGUGAGACAGAUGAUGAAUUUUCUAAGCCAAUGUUUGAUUACUGGAAGUCUCUAGGCCUUGUUCAGACAAGGCAAAUUGAUAGCUCAAUUAUACAGUCAAUGGGAGUUGCAAGCACUGCAGAGGAGUGGAAAAUCCGUGGAAUCAAGCUUUUUAAUGAAGGAAACUUUGUUAUGGCCACCAUGUGUUUUGAAAGAGCUGGAGAUGUCUAUGGCGCAAUGAUGGCUAAAGCUGCCAGCCUUGAAGCAACUGGUGAUCAUCUUCUUUGCACAAAUAUUUGUAUGGCUACAAACGUGCUGACGCAAGCUGCUGAGAUUUAUCAAACCAUAGGAAAAAUGGAGGCAGCUGCAAAUUGCUAUAUGAAGUUACAAGAAUAUAGGAUUGCAGGUCAAAUUUACAUGGAGAAAUGUGGGAACGAAAGGUUGGAGGAUGCUGGUGACUGCUUUGCCUUGGCAACAUGUUGGUCGGAGGCUGCUGAUGUAUAUGCUAAAGGGAAGUUCUUUGCCAAAUGCUUGGAUUCUUGUAAGAAAGGAAAGCUUUUCAAUAAAGGUUUGGAUUUCAUCAAACUAUGGAAAGAGGUUUCAGCUUUUGAACAUGAUGCUAGGAACUCUGGAGAACUUGACAAAGUCAUACGUGAAUAUUUGGAGAGUUGUGCCUUUCAUUAUCAUGAACUUAAUGAUCACAAGUCCAUGAUGAAAUUUGUCCGAGCUUUACCAUUCAUAGAUCUGAAGUUCUUUGCAAAAAGCUUGGCUUCAUGUGAAAAAAGAGAGCUUUUAGUUGAAGGUCUGAACUUCAUUGAACUAUGGAAAGAAGUUUCAACUCAUGAACGUGAAAUCUCUGAAGAAUUCAAUAGGAUCAUUCAUGAUUACUUGGAGAGGUGUGCCUUUCAUUAUCAUGAACUUAAUGAUCACAAGUCCAUGAUGAAAUUUGUCCGUGCUUUACCAUUCAUAGAUCUGAAGUUCUUUGCAAAAUGCUUGGCUUCGUGUGAAAAAAGAGAGCUUUUAGAUGAAGGUCUGAACUUCAUUGAACUAUGGAAAGAAGUUUCAACUCAUGAACGUGAAAUCUCUGAAGAAUUCAAUAGGAUCAUUCAUGAUUACUUGGAGAGGUGUGCCCUUCUUUAUCACAAGCGCAAUGACUACAAGUCCAUGAUGAAAUUUGUCUGUGCUUUUCCAUCAAUGGACUUGACUCGUUCCUUUCUUAGGGACAGGCAUUGUUUUGGUGAGUUAUUGGCCAUUGAAAAGCAAUGCGGUAACUUUCUGGAAGCUGCUAAAACUGCAAAAAUGAUGGGCAACCUUUUGUCGGAAGCUGAAAUGCUAGAAAAGGCAGGAUGUUUUGGGGAAUCUUCUAGGUUGAUUAUCUUUCAUGUUGUUAUUUCUUCACUUUGGACGUCAGGGAGCAGGGGUUGGCCGCUGAAGCAAUUUGAGCAGAAGGAUGAGCUAAUAAGGAAAGCGAAAUUACUUGCUACAAUGCAACCACUCGCCUCUAACGAAUCUGUUUUUGUUGAGGCUGAUUUUCUAGCUAGGCAAGAAACAAGCUUCUCAGAAUUGUUACAAGACUUCAACACUGCACGUAGGUUGGGAAAUAUCAAGCUUGAGGCUUUGGUUUAUCGUGGAGUUCUUGACCUAUGUUGUAAAGUAAACCCCUCAAGGUACAGUUUCGAAUCUGAACUGGUUUUGAAUCCAUUGGAGCAUGUGACAGAGAUGAUGCUCCACAACCGUACCUCGCCAGAGGUACUAGUUUACUUCUGGAAUCUGUUUAAAAAUAUGAUUUUGUCUGUUCUUCAAUGCAUUCAAUCACUUGAGCAAAAUUCUGGCAGUGAGUUGGAGAACUAUGAGUGCUUCUGUCUAGAGUAUAUGGGCAUCCAAAAGCUGGACGAUCCAAAGUUCUAUGUUGCAGUAAAGCCUGAGGCUAGCUGGCUCAAAGCAAAUGGUAAAUCUAUACUCUGUAAGAAAGGCAAUAGUUACCAUCUGUCUUCUCAACAUGUUCAGUCAUGUGCACGCAAAUAUUGGUGUUCAGAGCUUGUUUAUGUUGGUUUUCAAGUCUUGGAGAAACUGGAAGCACUUUGUACGUAUUCUAGUCAGAAGUCAGAUCGCUUCUCUCAGGGUCUGGUUGUGCUUCAGGUUUUUGACAUAUCAAGCUUCCUUUUGAGAGAGACACCAGUGGAGGCUAAAUGUCACGCUAGCAAGCUGCAUAAAUUGCUCGGCGAUUCGAAGUUUUUGUUUUUUAACAUCAUUUUCCCUCUUGAUUGGCAAGAAGGAAUGUCAGAGAAGUUGCUUCACUUGAGACAGAAUGAUAAAGCUUUGCGGCUCCUUGAUGAACUAAUACAUGAAAAGGUCUUCCAUGUAAAGCAGAACAGAAUGACACAUGGCUGGAUAGGGAGGCUUGUAGUGCUCCUGUUUUUGCGUGGAAAAUUUGGUGAUGAACACUUUGAGUUGGUCAAGGAUAGGCUGAAUGGCAUGCCUAUUUGGAGACCUUUUAUUGUAGAACUGAAGGAAUACUUGGGCUCAAGAUGCGUAAGGCCUUCCUUUAUAUGUGCCUUUGCCGCUGCCUUGCAGUGUAGUUAUGAUGCCAACUGGACUAAGGAGGUUGAUUAUAUAUCUCCCCAGUGUUUCAUGUUUCUUAUUGAGCAACUUGUGUUGUUAACAUCAGCUUCUCAAGUGUCAGAUGACUGCUGGUACUGUACGAAGUCCAUAUUCUGUGGUCUGCUCAUGCAUUCAGAUUUUGAGCCUUUUGUAGGUUUGUGUUCUGUGGGCGAGAAUGUUUGUCCAGACACAUUCUUGCAUACUUUCAAUUUGGUAUUGAAAAUUCUGGAAGAACUUUUAUUUCAGGGUGGCGUGACCAAGGAAUGGAUUAAGAUGUCGGGGAUGAAUGUGAGCAAGUAUUAUCCAUUGCUGAUAUUGCAGCUGGUUGUUUGUAUCGUUAUCAUACAUGUGAACUCUAGAAGUCAUUUUGGAGUACUCUGUAGGCUAUUGAAUAGCCCAAACAUCCUUUUCAUUCUGCCUAAAAGUUUCCGUGAGCAGUUUUGUAACGCAGGAAGUCGUCUUAGGGUUUCAAACAUCCACUUUCUUGUGGGUUUUGCUAAAGCAUUGAAGGCAAUUGAUAAUCCAAUGGUGGUCAUGAAUUUGAAAAAUGUCAAUUUGCAGCUUUUGCAGCAGGAAGCUUUGAUUCUUACUCCUGAGCUAGUUCAAUGUAGAAACAACGUCCUGGACGUAUUUUUCCCAAAAUCGACCAAGAGGGACAGCCAGAUGAAAAAUUCGUCUGAGGAUGUUGUUCGUAAUAGUGCUUGUGUUGAUGAAUUGGUCAGUGAUAGUCCAAAUAUGGCGGAGGACGAUCAGAAAUCUAACAUAGAAAAAAAAUGUGAUGACCUUCAAGGCAGCUUUAUCCAAUUGUGGAACAUGUUCAUCGCCUUCUCUUCUUUUGUGGACGAUGGGAACACGAGGGCAGAAGGCUUUGCUUCCACUAUAGAAAGCGUGAAGGUGGCUGCAGAAGAAUUCUUACAUGGGGCAAGCAAUUUUCAGAACGAUCAAGUUGAUAGAGUCAAAGAUUUACCCAAUGAAAUAAAUAAUAUGCUCAGUGAACUGAAGCAGCUCUCCAUGGCUAUGCAGAAAUGUGAGAGAUCUGAAGAAGACGCUCAUUUCAUCAAAGCCUUGUGUGAACAGUUGCAGAAGCAUCAACCUAGGCUUCAACAAGUUGUGGAUUCCAUGAUUCCACGUGAAAAGGGUACUGACUCCACGCCUUCGGAUGUUAAAACCGCACCUUCUCAAGACAAUGCUGCUUCAAAUAAACCAAACGCCAAAUCGAAAAAGAGCAGGAAAAAGUGCAGGCAGGCUGCAGAGUCCGCCGUGGCUCCUCAAUCCGAAAGCAGAAAUGAACAGAGACCAAAAAACAAGUCUCGCAAUCGACGAAAAAAAUGACAGUCCAAGAAAUACAGAUGCAUUUAGCAUUUGCACACCUCGAUGAAGCGAUCUUGUGGAGCUUUGUAUGAUUUAUCUCGACUAUCGGUGUCUCAAACAUGUCCAAGUUUGUAUAU